AUGGAAGGGAACAAAUGCUUUCAAAGCUUUGAAAAUGGCGAUAAGAAAUUGCGAAAAAAACGAGAUGUUUUUGAAAUCAAAUGGGUUGAAUGUGGCGGUUUUAUUUUAAUGUUUUGGUUUGUUGGGGUGUUUGUUGCUUGGGUUGUAGGUGCAGUAUUCUUCGGUAUUCAUUUAUUCUAAAUUGAAAUUUGAUUUGUAUGAAUGAGUGGCAAAUCACCUUCCGACAGAUCAAAAUAAAGACCUGACCAUGACUCAAAAUUUUUACGAGAAAUUAUUAGAGUUGCGCCCCGACUUUUAUCCCGUGAACAGACAAGUUAACGAAACUUUUUUACACUUAUACUUAACUUGAACCCAACAAAUAUUUUGCUCACCAACCCGUAUCCCACUCCGAAAGAUUUCAAAAACCCCGUACUAUGACACUCCCGCUUCCGGGGCGGUCUUUUGGUCGGAUGGUAUUUUGUCUGAGACAUUUGAACGUAUGUAAAUUUUGUAACAUUGAAUUUUACCACCUUGUGUUUGUCCUUUUUAUACCACCUUGUGUUUGUCCUUUUUCGUGUUAUUCAACAUUUCGAGCUUACUUGAUUUCUCU